AUGGAUACCAAAGUCAUACAAAGGGCUGUUGCUCCUCCGAGUCGUUCCUUUCAUGUGGUUUGUGCUCCAGGGCAGGCUAAUGGGGGUCCUGAGGUCCUGUAUCCAUUGCCACCAUUUCGUCAAACACCUGGACCCAUCCAAGCAUCUCAGACUUACCUUCAAACACUUAUAUUAGAACACUGGGAUGCUGAGAUCAGGCGCUGUGAAGAGGCAUGCAAAGCGCAACUCUUAGAGCGCAUCCAGGGUCCUAAUACUCACCAAACCUUUGUGAGGGAGAUGAUAGUUGUGCAUUGGAACGCAGAGAAGAAGCAUUGUGAGGAGGCAUGCAAAGUCUAA